GGAGACAGAAUAACCUCAACUUCCUUACUUCCUAGCUGCCCUCCACCCGCCCCCACCAUGAAGAAGGAAAUAUUAACCCUGGCCUUUGCUCGAUCGGUCUUUGUUGAGUUUAUCUCCACGCUCAUCUUCGUCUUCAUCGGCCUCGGCUCAGCCCUGAAGUGGCCGUCUGCCCUCCCCAGCAUCCUUCAGAUUUCGCUGGCGUUUGGCCUAGCCAUCGGGACACUGGUGCAGGCAUUUGGCCACAUCAGCGGCGCCCACAUUAACCCAGCGGUGACCAUCGCCUUCUUUGUCGGGAACCAGAUCUCCUUCCUCCGGACACUCUUCUACGUGAUUGCCCAACUGGUCGGAGCCAUCGCCGGGGCUGGCAUCCUCUAUGGCGUGACACCGGUCAACACCCGUGGCAACCUGGCCAUCAAUGCGCUCAACAACAACACGACCCCGGGCCAGGCCCUCGUGGUGGAGAUCAUCCUCACCUUCCAGCUGGCCGCGUGCAUCUUUGCGUCCACAGACAACCGGAGGAACGGCAACGUGGGCUCCCCAGCACUGUCCAUUGGCCUCUCCGUUGCCGUAGGCCACUUGGUGGGGAUCUACUUCACCGGCUGCUCCAUGAACCCAGCCCGGUCCUUUGGGCCUGCGGUCAUCGUGAGGAGGUUCAGCCCGGCACACUGGGUGUUCUGGGUUGGACCCAUCCUCGGGGCCUGCUUGGCCGCUCUGCUCUACUUCUACAUCCUCGUCCCAUACUGCAUGAACAUGUCGGAUAGGAUUGCCAUCGUUAAGGGUACCUACGAGUCAGAGGAGGAGUGGGAAGAGCAGAGGGAGGAGAGGAAGAAGUCCAUGGAGUUGACGCCACCAUAG